UUCGCCGAACAAUAGUGAGGGAGAAGAGGUACCACAUACUUUCUCUUAAGCAAAACAGUUUAUAACAGGCACCCAACUUGAAGCACCUUCCUCAUUUACCCCGCCGCGUGGCAGUCAUUAAGUAUAACUAUCUACGAUUUACUGUGAAUGUCAGUUUAGAACGUAGACUUACUCUAUUGCUCUAUCUGAGCUAUGGCGAACAUCGUAGUUGUCGGUGCUGGCGUCUCUGGACUCACCACUGCGCUCCUUCUCUCCAAGAACCCCGCAUAUAAUGUCACGAUCGUAGCCAAACACAUGCCCGGUGACUAUGACAUCGAAUAUACCUCCCCAUGGGCUGGAGCCAACUUUUCCCCACACACAAACGAUGAAAGGGGUCCCUGGGAGAGAAACACCUUCCCCGAGCUCUACCGCCUCGCCAACGACGUCCCAGAAUCAGGCAUCCACCUCCAAGAUUCCCUAGUCCUGAACCGCACCAAAGACCUCGAGUCCGGUGCAGCUAUGAGCUUGUCCGCCGACCUAAACCCCUGGUACAAAGACGUAGUCCCCGACUACCGCGUCGUCCCUCUCUCCGAGCUUCCCCCAGGCUACGACUCUGGCCUCCGCCAUUCCUCGGUCUGUAUCAACACCGCCAUCUAUCUCCCCUAUCUAGUUGGCCAAUGCCUAGCAAACGGUGCCCGCAUAUCCCGCGCGGAGCUUUCCCACAUUGCAGAUGCAGCAUCACUACACCACUCCGGUAAACCCGCGGACCUCGUGGUAAACUGCACUGGCCUCCUCGCGUCGAAGCUGGGUGGUGUGAUGGAUGCCAAGGUUGUCCCAGUGCGUGGCCAAACGGUCGUAGUCAGGAAUGAAGCUACCCCCAUGAUCGCAACAUCAGGGACCGACGACGGCCCAGACGAGCUAUGCUACAUAAUGCAGCGCGCAGCUGGUGGAGGCACCGUUCUCGGCGGGACGUACAUAGUAGGUAGUUGGGAGGCCGCGCCGGAUAUGGAGACUGCAGCGAGGAUUAUGAAGAGGGCUGUUGAGGUGUGUCCGGAGCUUGCGGGGGGGAAGGGCGUAAAGGGGUUGAGUGUCGUUAGGCAUGGAGUUGGGUUGAGGCCGGUGAGGGAGGGGGGGGUGAGGGUUGAGAAGGAGAAGGUGGAUGCAGUGUGGGUGGUGCAUAACUAUGGGCAUGGGGGGUGGGGGUAUCAAGGAUCGUAUGGGUGUUCGCAGAGGGUUGUGGAGCUUGUUGGGGAGGCUCUGGCUGCGUGAGGGGUAGUGUGAGAGCUUAAAUUAGGGUUAUAAUGGUAUGUUAGACUCGUUUUUCUAACAUAGGGGCAUUGGAUGCAAUGAACUGUUGCGCACAAGCAUGGCCAUAAUGGCCAUCGUUAUAAGUUUACUGAAAAGGACAAAAAGCAUAGCUAAACCUCAAGCGUGGUCGACGAGAUACAAGGAAACAAUCCCUCCCAGACCUGCAACAACACCGAGUAACCAGAACGGCAGUCCAACAUAACCUAUUUGGAGCCCAAAUCGAAACAGCGGCCCCGAGACUGCAGGUCCUAAAGUUCGUGCGAGGCAUCCAAGCGAAGCAGAAGCUCCAUUGACUGUCGCCAAGCAGAUGGGCGAAGGCACCGUGCUUUUAAGGCUGUACGUAGGCUACUUGCCACUGCAUGCACCCAGAGGAUUAUCAACAUUGUCGGCAGACCAGUCUAGGUACUCCAAGUAGCAGUGAAUGGCAAGAGGUAGUAAAGAAACAUUAGUAUGACAAAUACUGCUCUACAACUCUGAAGCGCGCCGUGCCUAUCAAUUAUUCUUGGCACAAGUAUUUGGCCGCCGAUAGCAGCUGCAGCUUGAGAAAGAAGGACGUUGCUAGUAUUCAUGGUGUCGAGCCCGAAUCCGCCCUUAACUCCUAGUAUUCCUCUUAUCACUUCGGAGCCUCUGGUCAAGUUCAGCGGUUGGUCAGGUCCUGAUGGUGUUGCCAGAAAGACGGGCACUAUGGCAAGAGUUGAGAUUUUGAGGAAUCCUUGGAUAGCGACGGAGAGUAUCUGAAGCUUUACUUGUCUGGUAAACGCCGAUGGUGGUUUGACUCCUGGUUCUUCAAAAGCUUCAGUUGGGGAUGCUGGGACCGCUGGUGCCUCGACAUCUGUUUCGUCAGCCCUAAGAGAAGUAUAUGUGCCUUCGCCGGAACUCCAGCCUGUACCCCUGAAAAUAUUUCUAAUGCGGCUAACCAAUAUCCAUCUGAUGUCAACUUGGUCCCGAAAUUCAGGGUGGACCUCUUCCAGGCAAAACAGUGCGAGGGUACAGCUACUCAGGAGAAACAUCACGACAACAAGGUUUGGCAAUAAGUACGGAAAUUUAUCCCAUAUUGUUCCUUCGUGGAAGAGACAGGGAUAAUUUUUGACUGGCUCGGCCAGAUAGCCUCCAAUUACUGG